AUGUCCAGACGAUACGACGGUCGUACGACCACUUUCUCCCCAGAAGGCCGUCUUUUUCAGGUGGAGUACGCCAUGGAAGCCAUCAACAAUGCCGGGUCAGCUGUGGGGAUCCUUGCCAAGGACUGUAUUGUAAUUGCAGCGGAAAAGAAGACGGUGUCAAAGCUGCUAACGCCCAGUAAGACAAGUGAGAAGACCAUUAAGCUGGACGAUCACCUGAUCUGUGCGGUGGCAGGUUUGACUGCCGAUGCCAAUAUUCUCGUGAACUACGCGCGUCUGUCUGCGCAGCGCUACGAGCUGGCAUACCAGGAGAAAGAGCCGUGCGAACAGCUGGUGCAGACCAUUUGCAAUUAUAAGCAGGCGUACACGCAAUUUGGUGGACAGCGUCCUUUUGGCGUCUCGUUCCUAUACGCUGGAUGGGAUCGCCAUCAUGGCUUCCAGCUGUACCAUAGCGACCCUAGUGGAAAUUAUGGCGGAUGGAAGGCCACCGCUAUUGGUGCCAACAACCGCGCCGCCAAGAGCAUGCUCAAGAGUGAUUAUGAGGAGGGUAUGACUGUAGAUGAGGCGUUGGCGUUUUCGGUGAAGGUCAUGAACAAGACCAUGGAUUUGACUUCUCCCACAGCAGAGAAGCUUGAGUUUAUGACUGUUACGCGGGACGCUAACGGCACGAUCGUGCACCGUCAACUGACAGAGAAAGAGACUGAAGUACUGUUGCAGAAGGCAGCCACGGACACAGCUGCUUCAGGCGACAUGUAA